ACCUUUUCGAAAAUUUCAGCCAGAAUAAAGGCUCCCAAAAAUUCUAGGUGACCUUUUAAGGAUAAAAAUCCUUUAAAAAUGGACAAUUAUACCAUUUUUUAGAUGUUCGAAAAUCCUAGGAGAGGCAGGCAAGUAAGAAAUUUUACAAUGUUCCGAAAAUUCUAGAUCGCAAAUCGUCUUCCGAACAGAUAUUUUCCGAAAAUUGUCGUUGGGUGCCCUCCUUUAGCUAGCCCACUUCCCAAAGGUUCUGAUAACGUCUUGGACUAGAACUGUGGAUUGCAUGAAGCCUUGCUGUUGUUCCUUUGUUUUCAGUCAUUGUUAUUUUGUUUUUUCUGUCUGGCAGAAGCAUGAAAUCCCACAGUACUUUACCUGCAUAGAAUUUUCACCAAAUGGGGAUGUUAUUACUGGAGAUUCAAAUGGAUCAAUCACAGUGUGGGGAAAAGGUACAAGACAGUCGUAUUUUGCUAUUACAGUACUAGUCAAGCCAGGUCAAUCAUACCUCUCAAGAUUCUGACAUUAACAAAUUUAUGAUUUGUUAGUUGUAGGUUUCAGAUUCAUAUCUGCAUUCCUGCUUACGCAAUGACCAGUAAAUUCACAUGCCAGCUGGUUAUGAUAUUUCUGCCAUCUCAGUUUUCUUGAAUUUGAUGUAAAUCCUAAAGCAAUUUUGUCCAUAUUUUCAAAGAUUUUUCAAUCUGACCAAGUGCAGAGAAGUCAUUGUAAAAAAUUCACUGCUCAUUACACAUGCAGGAAUGCCGAUUUGCAUUGUACAUGUAUACUUAGUCUUGUUGCGGUAACAACUGACGGAUUCAUUUUGCAAAUAAUUGAUUAAUUAAUGGAAUCUGUGGGAGUACGCUUGACCUUGCAUUACUGUAAAUAAUCCGCCGGCAGCCAAGUCAAAAUAAACCAGCAGCCGGCCAUUUCACCACUUUCACCAGAGUAUUUGCCUUCUUCUCAAAAUUUAGGUUUAGUAACAAUAUUUUACUACCACAGCUUAAAAUUAGGUCUUUGCCACCUGCAGCUAUGCUCUGAUUACCCUGCCCACCUUUGUAAAACAUUUUUGGCCGGGAUGAGCCAGAGCGUCAUAAUUAACAUUUAUCAUUCUUAGGGUUUCUCAUGGUUUAUUUUGAGGAUUCAGCUACUGAUUCAGUAUGACAUAAUUUUGCUCAUAUGAUUUUCCUCUAGUUUCUAAGAAGAUCAAGUUUGUUGCAAGAAAUGCUCAUGAGGUAAGAAAUACAUUUGGUACUUUUAUAGGCUCCUGAUAAGUUGAUAAAACCAGUUAAUUUAUAGGUCAAUCAGCAGGCAAUAAAAACAGCAUCAUGCAGACAGUUGCACCUCUCCUUACAGAAAUCUUUUUGAUAAUAAGCACCCCUUCAUUAGAAGCAUUUUUUUGGUGAAAAACUUGAUACCAACUUCAGAAAAUUUGCACCUCCAAGGUGUAGACACCUCUGUAACAGAAUUUGUUGAUAGUUGUUUCUGUUCCUUUGGUGUCUGUGCUAAAGUCACACCAGGGAAUGUUGUGGUCAUUUGGCUAUAUAUUUUUGAGAUAUAUUUUAUACAUAGCAAGCCAGGAUAGAGGUGUAACUGUAGCAUAUUCUCUAACUUUUUUUUUUCACAAACAGAAAAGCAUUUUUUGUGUACGUCUGCUGGAGAAUGGAACAUUGUUGUCUGGUGGCUUAGAUGGCAAACUUGCAUUAUGGGAUGCUACUAAAUAUUUCAACACACCACUACAAGAAACCCAGGUCAGUUAAAUUGUUAAUUAAAUGCUGUACUAACAAUUGCAUGGGCUGGAAGUUAAGGGAGAAGUACUCGUGAUUUGGCUAACGAUUUUUUUGCAUUGUGCACCCCAUUAUUCGCCCUUUUCCACACCAGGGAGCCUGGUCCGAGGGUAGUCAAGCCCCCUUGGUGUGGGUGUCCUGUGGCUUUGUGGUGCCUGUAGUCAUACAAACCUUCACUUAACAAUCAGUUACUAGACCAUUAUUAAGCAGUUAUGUUUAUCUAUUUAUCUAGGUGGACAGUAAUUUAGGUGGAAUCUGUGCUCUUGAGCCAAUGCACACAGGCCAUGGAGAUGACAUUAGUAUAACUAUCGGCAUGAUAAGCAACUGCAUUUUAGAAGGAUCCUUUGAUGCUCCUUUUAUCCCUAUAGUUCAGGUAUUUUCUCAUAACUGCCGUAAAAUAAGGUUACACUUAUUCAGUGAAUGUCUUAUACUCUGAAAACAAAUAAUGCUAAUUUUCAUCAUUCUUAAGUUAUUUAACUGCCAUUUCAUAUGUUCUGGUUUGCUGAACAUAAUCUUUAAGAUGUCCUUUUUUCAUAAUCUCCUCGCCCAUCUCUGGAACUUCGUCCCUUCCCUAUUCUUUUUGCUUACCCCCCAAAUUUUUGGGUAACCUCCCCGUCCCCCAUCAAUUUUGGGCAUAUCCACUUCUUAGAUACAUCUUCCAUAGAUUCUCCCCUCCAGUCUCUUGAAAGGGCUCUUGGCUGACUCAAAAUGUAUGAGGCUAACUAGUUUCACUGUAGCUCCCUCCCAUAUUUUUAAGUGCUCACCUGGUUCGCCACCUAGGCUAAUGAAAUCAAUGUAAGUGUUAUUUCAAACAUCUUGCUUGUUAUCCUAAACAUCUCUUGUCUUGUGCUUGCAGAGCCAUAAGGAUGAGGUGCAUGCUUUAGCAGUGCAUCCCAACGAGGCACAGUUUAUCAGUGCGUCACUAGAUAGCACAGUCUCUCUGUGGAAUGCCGAGACCCAUCAAGUCAUGUGGACAGUAGAUGUGGAGGUGUGACUUCAUCAGUUUUGUACUUAUUAUUAUUUAUUAUGUGUAACUGUACAGCAUACAUGGAGCUGUAAUCUAAUAUCACCCAGUGGCACUGGCACCUUUUUGUUGCUCUCGGGUGACUUGGAAAUCUAAGCUUUUUCAUAGAAAUCAUAUCCUGGGCACCAUGGAUUUCACAGGUUCAGAGCACCAGGUUCCCUUUCACAGGGUUCUGGCACAGUCUUGGGAAUUUUUGAAUUCUUGAAUUUUAGGGGAAGUUCUUGAAAGGUCCUUGAAUUCCAUUUUUCCUUGAAAAGUCCUUAAAUUUCUGGGCAAGUCCUUGAAUUUUCUUCAACUUUGAAUGUACUGGCCUGGAAAUAUUUUUUUGAUGCUUUUUGGUUGUCCAAUACAGAAUAUAAAUCAUAGCUCAGAGAAUUUAAAGGUUAUUUACAUAAAGUGCUCCAUGUUUUAUGCAAUAAUCAACUGAAAAAUGUAGAGAAGUCAGUGAAGCAAACAGUUCAAGCCUAAAAGUCUUAUUAGAAUAGACUGGGAAUGUGCAUUUUUGUACAAUCUGUAAAAUUAUAUUCCUAGUAGCUGGUCCUUGAAACUCUAAUGUGGUCCUUGAAAAGUCCUUGAAAAAUGGUUGCAAUUUUUUGUGUGAACCCUGUUCCAUUUUUCUUAGAGCACAGCUUUGAUUUAGAUGGAUCUGAAUCCAAAAGAAAUUAUAGUGGAAGUGCAUGCACGUCUCACAUUAAUUUCAUUGGUUGUAUAUCAUUAGUAAUCAUCUCUGCUGUUGUGAGCUAUUUGGUGAAGUGUAUUUUUGUCCACAGUUUCCAGUCAAGUCAGCCGAUUUUUACUCCACGGGGAGCGUUGUGGCUCUAGGGACAACUUUAGGAAGGUAUGUUCAUAACAAGCAAGCACCCAGGGUUAAUUUGCACUCAACCCACUCUGGUCAUCUGAUUACAGUUUAGCAAAAUGAUUUCAAACUUAGAGUUCUAUGCUAUAAGUUCUGUUAGGAUCUUCACCAAUACAGACCAUGCCUGACAUGUUUUUGAGUGAAUGAACAAUUAAAUGUUGUAUUUUAGUUUGUAUAACAUAGAGUAAAAGUUCAAUGACUGUUUACAUGUGUAUGCAUUUUUCAGAUGGAUUGUUUUGUCAUGUGAAGCUGGCAUGCACAUUGCUUCAUUUCAAGAUGGAAAUGUUCCUCUUCCUGACCUUGAAUAUGCAAAAGGUAGAUCACUAACUACAACGCUUUUAUUAUUACACAAUUGUUUUUAUUAUUACACAAUUGUUAAUGUUAUUGUUAAGUUGGUUGAAACGCCUUCUCAGCUUUUAGUUUAGUGACACAUCACUUCAUCUUUUAGAAUCAUACGGGAUAUUUACAUUUGCAUGUUGAGACUGAACCCUCUGCUAGAACUCAGACUUUUGUGUUGUGUGGCUUCGCUUGAAGCAAAGCUUUGGCAAGUAUGCCGAAGGAACCUAAGAGUCUUUAACAGUCACAAUGGUCUAGGUCUAAAUUGAUUUAUCCUGACCUCAAGUUCCAGUUUGUCAAGUUUCGCCCACAGUGUGACUCAAUAAACGAACUAGCCUGUUGGAUUGUGUUAGAAAUUUGGUUGCUUCAGCAACGUAACAGUUUCCAGCUGCUACAUCAGUUAAUUGUCACGAUUUUACUGAUCUCACUUGCAGAUGGAGAGCACAUAGCUAUUGCCUCACAAGAUGGUAAUAUUUAUGUUCAUGCAGUUUAUGAUGAAGGCACAACUUACAGAAGAGUAGGCUGCUGUUCGGUAUGCUGCUUCAAUGUAUUUUUAUUACGGUAAACCUAAAAUGACCAUCCACCUUAAGAUUUUAUACCUGCAACCUGAGGAGAUGUAGUAUUGUCAAAAUGUUGUGUGAAUACUGAUUGAUGUGCCGGGAGAGCUUUUAGAAAUAGGAUACCGUUAAAAUAUGAUCUUGUAAUGUAAUAUAGUUUAAGUGUUCUUACAAUAAUAAUGUUUUAUUCUGGCACAUUCUCACAAUUUAAUGCUUUUUAAUAAGAUAUACAAUCUGUAACUUCAGAUGUGUACUUUAUCAAAGAAAUAAAGGCACUGCUGCUAUUCUUCUUCUUCUUCUUCUUCCUCUUCUUCUUCUUCCUCUUAUUAUUAUUAUUACAUAACUGUUUCUUGAUGUGGAGCGGGUUUGACAUGUCUCUUCAUAGGGUUAUUGAGAAUGCUGCCUCCUUAAUUUGCGUAUAAACAAAUGUACUUAAUCACUCGGUACUGAAUGAGAAGCUUUGACAAACAUUAACAGGAAGGAAAUCUGGCAGAAAUCCAACCUGUGUGUAUGCCAUUACUUUACUCGCUUAGAUAUGCUGUGUUAGCAUCAUUAAACUUUGUGCCCGUACUGGAUUUUGGUAACAAUAUAUCAGGGUUUUCAAUAAGGUUAUAAGUAGGUGACAAAAGCUUUGGAGUAUAGGUGGAGGCGGAAAGACCUCGCACCUUCUGAGUGCUGAAGGUGUGAGUUUUAAGGGGGGUCUGGGGGCAUGUCCCCAUGGAAAAAUUCUGAAAUCUUGAAAUACUGUGUUUAAACUGGUGUAGUUUCCAAAGAAAAGUAGGCAAUAAGUUCACGUGAAAUAGCAGGCGAAUUUCGCUGGCCACAGGCUCUUAUUGAAAUCCCUGAUGUAUUGACUGUUAACUAAGCAUUAGUUUACAUUAAUUUUGACCUGGUCAUUGUCACUUUUAACAGGGUCACAGGGAACCCAUUAUGUUUCUGGACUGGUCUCUUGAUGGCUGCUUUCUACAGAGUUUGUCCACUGAUUAUGAGCACAUUGUUUGUAAGUAGACAGCAAUUUGUUGUUGCUCUUUAUAGUGGAUAACAGUAUUGAUGAUAGCAAUCCAUCCUUAAUGAUCCUUUGAGCGCAAAAAGUAUCAUUUGUACUAGUAUAUUGCAAAGUCAAUUUUAAGCAGGUUUAUGAAACAGGCUUUUUUUGGUAUCUUUUUAGUAUCUUGUAUCUGUCUUGUUUCAUAGUUUGUGUUUGCACCUGUAAUGACGAAAAAAUAUAUUGUUUGCACAUUGCUUUGGUCGAGGUGAAAUUUUAUUUUCUCUUCAUUUUUCAAUUCCAAACAUCAGACUCAAUAAUCGGGUCUUCUCUUGUCAUUUCAGGGGAAAUAGGUGGAUUUCAAAGAGAAGAGUCCCAGGAUGUUAUUCGUGAUAUUGACUGGUCCACACGCAAUGUCAUGCUUGGUUACGACGUUGCAGGUAUCUCUCCCAUUCUUUUUUUAACCUAGUCUCCUAAUAUCAUAGUGUUUUGUUUUCAACCUAUCAAUCCUAAGAAAGUCCCAAAUUAUUGUUAUUUUUUUAAUUAGUUUUCAAAAAUAAUGUAAAGAAGACAAGCAGAAACAAAGAGGCAUAUAGGAGAUGUAAAAUUAGGGUGGUGGUGGUGGUGUUUAUUGGUAAUUUUGCUCCAAUCUUUGGUGUUUAAUCAACGGCGCUGUUUAUUCUAGGGUAGUGUUUAAUCGAGUAACAUGUGGGAAUUGAGUGCUAAAUCAUUGUAUUUGUUUCAAAGACUCAAAAGUUAGAACAACUAGUACAUUAAUUGUUUUCACUUGUGUUUGUAGGUGCCUGGCCUUCUCAGCCUGAUGAUGGUAACCUCAUUAACAGUUCAGAUCUUUCUUGGUCACGAGAUGUGUUUGCCAUUGGAGAUGAGCUUGGUUACAUUCGCUUAUUUAGAUUUCCAUGCAGUCAACCUGGAGUAAGUAAACCAACAUUAGGGAUACCUCUGUGGUCGAUGCCUCCGAUAUUAUGAUAACAGAAGGGUUCAUACAGUCUUGAAUUCUUGAAAAAAUCUGGAAAUUUGCAAAGCAAUUUUCUAGACCUGGAAAAAUGCUUGAAAGUAGACUGAGAUAGGGGGAAAAAGCACUUGUUCUCGAAACUGCAACAAGUGCUUUUUUCCCCAAUGGUCAAAUCUUAUUCAAUUUCACCCCUAGCCUAGGCAUUCCAUCACAGUACAGGAAGUUUCAGAACUCUUUUAUUACAGGGAAGCUAUAUAAUUUAUAUUCAUAUCACGGAAGUCUCUGUAACCAGAGUUGUGAGUGAAUACAGUCAUAUGACAGUGUGAACUAAUAUGAACUAAAUUAAAAGUCGUAAAUAAAGAAUUAUUCGAUGAAGUUUUUGAGAUAUCCAGGAUAAUCAAGUUUGAGGUAAGUGUUAUCAGCCGAGCUCAAUGCCAAGGCUGAUGGCAGCUACUGAGAUCUUGAUUAUUCCUGAUAUCACUAAUACCGUAUGUAAUAGAAUUAUUGUUGUAUUAUACAUUGUUUUGAAGAAGGUAAUAACAAACACACUGUCCCACAGAAUCAAGUUGACAUUUCUCUUGGAAAUCAAGCAUUGCAGGCACAACCUACAGAUUUGUCUGACAGUAAUCUGGUGCAGAUAACUAACUAAUCUGUAGGUUGCACUGAUUUUCAGACAGCAAAUGAGAAGACAGAUAAGUACAUUGUAUAAUAAAAGAAAUUAUUCCAUUACAACCUAUAGGCCCAUUAUCAUCAGUGGCGUGGACACAGCUGUCCCAUCACAAGGAUGCUAUUCUUAGCAUCAGACACCCACCUUAUUACAACUGGUAGUCGUGACUUCUGCAUUCUUCAGUGGUCAGUGGAAGGACACCUCCCAGCACUGAAUGAAGAAGAGGAAUCUGAGAUAGAAACUGAGAUGCCUAGGGUGGCUAGGCAACAAAAGAGAAGCCGCCAAAAGUUUUCAGAUAAUAAGAGCAAUCACUCUGGUUACAGUUCUGAUGAACAUAAUGAGUAUGAUGAUUUUUCUGAAAAUACUGCAAGACAAAAACAACCAAGAGGCCAACGGCACCUGCAUGAAAACAGGCGAUAUUCUGAUGAAGCUUCUGGCUUUCUUGAAGUACCUCCAGGCCGUGGUAGACCAUCCAGGAAAUCACAACAAUAUAAUGGCGAUAAUAGCAGAGCUUCUGGAAGGAGUCCACAGCGUAACAUCCCCACUCAGAAUUCCACCAGGUCACAGCAAGGCUCUUAUGCAGAUAGAUUUAAUAAACAAAAAGCUGCUAGGCCAUCCAAUCAACUCCCACCUGACGACAUGGAUUACUAUUCAGAUGAGGAAAGCCCAAGGAUGGAUCCGGGUGCAAGAGAAAGGGGGAGGGGUGGGGAGAGAAAUGAUUAUCCCACCAGGGGACAUGGUAGAAAGUUGAAUAGAAGACCAAUGAGAUAGCAGAUGUUGAAGAAGAUAAAAUGGAAGAAUUACCUGGUGAAAAUAUGUUGCAAAUUUAAGCUUUUGGAGUUUUUCUCCUUUAAUUUGCAACUAAACACCCUUUGAGGAAGAAAUGAACUAAUAAUAUUAUUAGCUGAUUAUAAAGUUCAGUUGAAUACAUGAACACAAGCAUGCUUUUGUGCUAAGACUUGCAAUUUUGACCAAAUUCAUUUUUUUGUUGAAAUUGGGAACAACACCCUUCUUCCUCCAAGGGGUUUGACCAAUGGCAAACCACCCAGCAAGAUUUAUUUAAAGUAGACGAGAAUUUCACUUAGAAGAUAACCUAUAGGAACUGAAAGAAUGUAUGAGAUUAAUUUGUUUAAGGUAUUUAUGGAGACAUAGUGUUCAAAUUACGUCGUGUAGCAAAAGGUUUGUCAUGCUAGGGAUUUUAUCUGAGACAAAAACAUUCUUCCAGCAGCAUAAGGCUUGUUAUUUAAAUGGUGUCUAACUUAGACAGCAAUUUAAAAAAUGCAGUGAGCCUCCAAAUCUGUUUGUAAGGUAUUUAUUUGAAAUAAGCGGAUAAUAUGGUUUCUGAUGUCCUGGCUGUAGGCCUUUUUGUCAAUUUUUAUGAACAGUUACUUAUAAAUGUUUAGAUGGGAGGGAAACAUCAAAGCACUAAAGGGCUGAAUCUCUUCAGUUUAAUGAAAAUGUGAAAAUGUAUCGCAG